AUGUGAUGCCAUUGGGCUCUAGUGAGAGUCUUUCAUGUUUUUACAUUACCACCGUAAGGCCACCGUAGUUCUCUAACACGCUUGUGAAACUGCAGUAACGUGAGCUGCAGAGUGCCAAACCGUGAUACCGCCAUCCGCUGUCUGACUUCCGUUGCUUCUAAAGUAGUGUUAUUAUGGUAAGGAUGGCGUCUGAGUAAGGUGAACGGCGUUACCACGGUUUUGCACUCGGCGUUCCACGUUACCGCAGUCUUGGAAAGGGAGGAGUGAGCGGAGGGGUACUCAGUUGGUUGCAAUCUGCAACCACAUCUCUAGAUGACGCCACACUGCUCCUUUAAAUUCAACUGUAGUUUGAGCUUAAGCAAACACUGAUGCAACUUCUGGAUGUUCACAUGAUGAAAAAAUAAAAGAACUUUAUUUGAAUCCAGCUGCAUCCAGUCAGUCAAUCCAGUCAUUUUAGAGGGCACCCGGUCCUGGAUAAUUACAGGCGAUGAUGGAGAUUGAGUUUAAAAGCUCCUACUACCUCAGUCUCUCUCUUUUGCUUUCACAUAAAUGCUCACAAAGCAAAAUGACGGUUUCCUCCAGACCCCCCCCUCCCCUCCCCAGCUGGUCUAUAACAGCUUUCAUCUCAGACCUGCAGAGAACACAACAGCAUCCCAUCACUGCCCAACACAGGACUAAACCUCUCUUUAGAGAGCAAAGGAACACUGUAGGAGCAAACAGGAACAACACAGUGUAAGAGAAGCUUACUAUUUUCUUAUUAUUUAGUAUGCUUAAAUAUUUCAAUUGGCUUUUUUGAUGUCUUGAAAUAAUUUAGAUAAUUUAAAGAAAAAAAUAUAGAUUAAUGGUAAGAACAUAUUUAAAUGUUUUUAAUGUCUAAAGAUUCUUGAUACUGCAAUGUUGUUAUUUUUAUGUUACAUUUAAAUGGUGUUGUAGAGAAACAGUCACUGCAAAGUCAGAUACGUUCUACGUGCACCAUAGAAAUAUUCCUGGCUCUGAUUUGUGAAGAUGAUAGUGGAACCAGCAGCCAAUCACGGUGCAGAAUGUGGGUCCGUGUGCAACGAGUCCGCCGCUCUGGAGAGUCCGGGGCCACCGGUGCUGGUCGACGCCUGGCUGGUCCCCACCUUCUUCGGCCUCAUCAUGCUGGUCGGCCUGGUCGGGAACUCGCUGGUAAUCCACGUGGUCACCAAGCACCAGCAGAUGAAGACCGUCACCAACCUUUACAUAGUAAACUUGGCCACGACCGAUAUCUUGUUCCUGGUCUGCUGCGUGCCGUUCACCGCCACACUGUACCCGCUGCCCAGCUGGAUCUUUGGGGAGUUCAUGUGCCGACUGGUGAGCUACCUUCAGCAGGUGACCGCUCAGGCAACAUGCAUCACUCUGUCUGCUAUGAGUGUGGACCGCUGCUACGUCACCGUCUAUCCUCUGCAGUCGCUGCGACACCGAACCCCACGCAUGGCUCUGGUCGUCUCUGUGUCCAUCUGGAUAGGCUCCCUGCUCCUGUCGAUCCCCGUCGCCGUGUACCAGCGUCUGGAGGCCGGAGACUGGUUUGGCCCUCAGACGUACUGCAGCGAGGUCUUCCCCUCGGCCCGCCUCCAGGGAGCCUUCAUCAUCUACAGCUUCCUGGCUGUCUACCUGCUGCCCCUGCUCACCAUCACCGCCUGCUACGCCUUCAUGCUCAAGCGCAUGGGGCAAUCCAGCGUGAACCCCAUUGACAGCAGUUACCAACUCCAGGCUCAGGCAGAGCGAGCAGCGGCGGUGAGGGCGCGAGUCUCCCGGAUGGUGGUGGUGAUGGUCGCCCUCUUCCUCAUCUGCUGGGGCCCCAUCCAGGUCUGCAUCCUCCUGCAGGCUUUUGGCCUCCGCAGUUACGUUCUAUACAAGCUGAAGAUUUGGGGUCACUGCAUGUCUUACUCCAACUCCUCCGUCAACCCGCUGGUUUACGCCUUCAUGGGCAACAACUUCAGGAAGGCCUUCAAGCACGCCUUCCCCGCCGUAUUUCUGCGGCGCACGAGGGGGAAGGUCAGGGUGGGAAACAUGGUCGCAGAGGACGGGGGAGAGAUGGAUCGCCAGGCGCCCAAAGGAGAAGCAGAGAUGCACUUUCUUUCAUCUGGGUCCUGAAAGGUCACGCUCGUCGUUUGGACACUGCACGCUCAUUGUUUAUUUAUGGUUUGUUCUGGAGAUGAGAGCGGUCGGCUCACCCCAGUAUACCUGGCGUACACAGAAAUAGACACACACACAUAGACCAGCCUGGCACAAUAUGGGCUUAAAAUAGAAAGUAGUACCAACACCAGUUAGUGACAGGUUUACACACACACACAGAGGAGAGGAGUAAGGGCUGCCAUGUGAUCUCUUAAAAAGGACAAACCGAUCAGGAGCCUCUCAUGACUUUCACAAGCUGCUGAAACACAAUUAUCUUUGUCACAUUCUUCUAACUUAGCUGGACUGAUGCAAUCAGUUUACUGGAUGUCAGCAUGUCUGACCUCCUGGUUUUAUCUUCGGCACUAUUCAAUAUGCUUUAUUGGC